GUAAAGCAGUGGACAAGCUAGGGAGGGACGCGCUCCAUCUCACUUUCUGUCCGGCGGACGACCGUUCUAGUGUGGGCACACACACACGCAGAGAGAGAGAGAGAGAGAGAGAGAGAGAGAGAGAGAGAGAGAGAGAGGAGACGGUGCAAGCUGAAGUUGGCAAUGGCUAUGGCGGUGGGACGCCGUUACAGUUGGCUGGCACUUCGUCGUCGUCCAUGUGUAGCGCAACCAGCGGCCAUGAACAUGGCUGCGGUUGUGCUGACGACUGUGACGGCUAUGGUUGCAGCGUUGUCUUUUCUUCCAGGAUCUCAUGGCUAUGGCGUCACAGACUUUCUGACGGCUUACACGGAUCCCGGCGUGAGUCGCAUUGAGGUGACUGGAGAUGUUAUUCUCACGAGCGGUCUGCCGGAGCUUAACAGAUCGCUAACCAUCGUCGGGAUCGGGACGAAACGACCUGUCAUCGACGGUAGAGGGAAAUACAGCGGCAUUAGCAUGUCAGGGUUCAAUCUAACGGUCAAGAAUGUGGAGUUCAGGAAUCUGCUGAACAGCGGGAGCAGCGGAGGGGGAGCUAUCUACACUUCCCUGGCUACGUUGGUAAUUGAGAGCUGUGUUUUCAGGGGCAAUAAGGCAAGAAAUACGAGCGGUGAAACAAUGGAUACGGCGGCGCGGUAUGCGCACAGGGAUCGGAUGGGAGAGUCCUGGGGAAGCAUAACGGACUGCCAGUUUUUGAGAAAUAAAGCGGGAAAGCGAGGCGGCGCCGUCGCUCCGAGGCCUGGAGUCGUGGACGUUAAGGGAUGCACUUUCGAUGGGAACAAAGCCGCCGGCGACGAAGGCGCAGGAGCUUUGUCUUGCUCCAAAGCGUCGUGCGUCGUGUCCAACAACGUGUUUAAGAACAACGCCGCGACCUCGAUGUCGGGAUUGGGAGGCGCGGUCCGUUUCUACGGCGCAGACGAAGGGGUCGCGGCUCUCUGCAAAGGCAACAGCUUCUCCGGGAACAUCGCAAAUGGGAACCGAUCAUCUGAUAACCUCUAUGUAUUUCUAGUCGAGGGAGGUGUCGCGGAGAUCUGUGAUGCCCAACCGCCACCACUUACGCUCAUCAAGCUGGAGGGCGCCUCGAGCGUGAGGUACAACGAAUGUGGAGGAUGCUGACGAUUUUCGACACCUUGGUAAUAAUUAUUAUUAGAUACGGCCGCGCGCAGCGGGAAGCACAAAGAAUGGCGAUGUCGACGUGGCUUGCUUGUGACCGAUGAUGACGUGGCUGUACGAUCGAUGAGGCCUCCGGCAGCAAAUUAGCCCGUACUUCACACAAGGUCUUUUGUACUUAGGCUCUCGCCGCACGGCACACGAAACGGAAACGAAGCGAGCGCAUCUGCCCACGAAAGGUGGCACAACACACGCGUUACUAUUUAUAGUAAACCGAUGAACCUGGCCAUUUUCUGCAGGCAGACGCACUCGUUUCGUUUUUCGUUUCGUGUCCCGUGCGGCGACGCCCUUACUGUAGUUAGGGAGGUAGUUGCGGCCAUACAGACCUAGAUCCCGCCGAAAAUGAUGGGACUGUCAGCUGCGGCGACGCCCUUACGUCAGAUGCCUUUAACAUACACUGUCAGCUGGUGGGACUACGCCGUUGCCACGGCUGUGGACUGAGGGUGAUGUGACUCGAAUCUGCGGAUAUUGAUUUCUGAGGAAGGAUUGAUUCACGAUGAAGCUGACCAACAACAAUCUAUGUAGGCGUUAAUGAACUUGAUGUAUGUUGUAACUUCCCAAUCGCAGCUGCGCUAAGCUAACCAGUUA